AUGAGUAACGAGGAUUUGCUUCACAUCGAGCCUCAGGAACUUCAAUUUCAAUUUGAAUUGAGGAAGCAGAUCAAUUGCUCCAUGCAAUUGACGAAUAGAAGCGAUAAUUAUGUUGCCUUCAAGGUGAAGACGACCAAUCCAAAGAAGUACUGUGUAAGGCCUAACACCGGAAUCGUUUUGCCUCAUUCUACUUGCGAUGUUACAGUUACAAUGCAAGCACAAAAGGAGAGUCCAGCAGACAUGCAAUGCAAGGACAAGUUUCUUGUUCAAAGUGUAAUUGCCAGUCCAGGAGCUACUGCCAAAGAUAUUACGGCAAACAUGUUUAACAAGGAGGAAGGGCAUAAUGUUGAGGAGAGCAAGUUGAGAGUGAUUUAUGUUCCACCUCCUCAACCGCCAUCACCCGUGCGUGAGGGAUCAGAGGAAGGUUCGUCUCCAAGGGCUUCACUUUCGGACAAUGGAACCAUUAGUACAUCUGAAUUGAAUACAGGUACAACUAGAAGAUCAGGUGUUGAGCUCCAGGAUUCCUCAGAGGUUAAGGCUCUCAUUGCUAAGUUGACUGAGGAGAAAAAUCUUGCUCUGCAGCAGAGGAGUAAACUUCAGCAAGAAGUGGAUCUCCUAAGGCGUGAAAGCACCAAAACGGGUGGUAUUCCCUUUAUGUAUGUCAUUAUUGUCGGUCUGAUUGGCCUGCUGUUGGGUUAUCUUCUGAAGAAAUGA